AUUUAAAUAAAUAGUGUUUGUGCCCGAUGAGUGAUUCGUCUUUACUAACAGAUACGUAUUAAAUUGCCGUUGUGAAAUUAAACAAAAUUCAGAAGAAAAACAAAAUGGUCCUGAGCGCCGUGUUUCGUUGAGAAGGCCGUCAGUUCGAAUUGCGCGCCCGGAAGUAACAAACAUCUAAUCAUAACACAAUCAUCCAUGGUUCACUUUUCUCGAUAAAGAUAAUUUUGACAGAAAAACAAUAUACGCUAUUCGUGAUGAAAUUUGACGAUGUGUCUAUGAUAUUUGUCUGUCAUACUCGAGUUGAAACACACUAUAUUUUGUUUGUAUACAUUUUUUUGACAGAUUCUAAAACAGUUGUGUAUCGCUCUGCGAAACAUGUUCUUUCGCCUGGCAGAUUGAGGCCAAUACAUACUCUUUGGAUGAGGCGAGCGUCAGCUGUUAUUCUAAUGUAUUAAAAGUUUUUGGAUACACCAGUACAUACUUUUUGGUGAAAUUACACCGCCUCAAAAUAUCAGUUUGUAUUAUGCGUAUAGGUAGAUGUUAGGGGUUAGGGAUUGUUUACUGGGGAUAUUUACCUGUUAUUUACAUUUUUCCGUUAUUGCACUAAAUGAUAUUGUAAGAAUUGAUACAGAUCUAUAGUCUGUAGCAGGGAAGAAAUUCUUAUUAAAAAUAAGUAUUAUAAUAUUAUUGAGUGAAUAGUCAUCAAGAAAAAUGUAAACAGACAGGACGAACUUAAAAGACCCAGCGUUGUGUACAUGACUGUCAUUAUAUAUUCCUCCUUGUGAUGGAUGUUGAAGAGCCAGCAGUGUUAGUAAAAUAAUCUUUGCCUCUUCCAGUACUCUGAGAGUGUCAAAGGCAGAUUCGUGUUGAAACAGUAAACUACAUAAUUUUUUAUUAAUAUGGAGAAAAUAGAAAUAUUGUCUGAGUGUGUGAUUAAAAUAGAAAAUGUAAAAGCAGAACCUGUUGAUGUCACUGAAGAGGAAGCAUGCAGUUUAAGAAGUACUGGAGAUGAAUAA